GGUGAAGAUGGCGGCCGCCGCUGCGGCUGAUUCUGUUCCCCGUGAGCCUGGAAAAGUUGUGAUAAAGACGGAGCCUGAAGAUGGGGACGGUUUCCUCCCCACUCCGCGGGACGUCCCGGUUAAACGUGACCCCGUGGUGUCGCUGCUGUCCCCGGUGAGCGGAGUGCAGCCUCUCAGCUGGUCUCCGGACCACCGCCUCGCUGUGUGCACCUCCAGCUCCCUGUCUGUGAUGGAGCUGAUCUGUGAUGUCCACAAUGGCAAGCAGGACCUGAACUUCUACAGGACCUCCAUCCCUGUCCCCACUGACAUACACAGACUGCAGGUUGGCCCAUCAGAUGAACUGAUGCCUGCAUUGGAGAAGUUCUCGUUGGAUCCAGAUCCCACCAUAAAGCAGGCUUUUCUGGCCAACACUGUAAUCAACCCUAAUGUAGGGGAACACAAAGGGGUAAAGUAUGCCAGCUGGUCCCCGUUAGGCUGUGACUCAAUUGGACGGUGUCUGCUCGCUUACCUGACCCUCGAUAACCGGCUCACCGUUCACAGCAGCCACCGGCACCUCAGCUGGAACACGCUGACCAAUCUAACGGAGAAGUACAGCGAGAGGCUCCGCGAACGCGGCUACGCAACAAAGGACAACAAGCCCCCCGAAGCUAACCUGUUAGACUUCUCUGAGCUCCAGCGGCGGUUCCAAAUGCAGACCCCUCUCAGGAUGGAGUGGUCCAGCAUUUACACCAUCAAAAAGGUCCUGGCAGACAACAGCUGUGUGGAGGAGCAGAUGGUGCUCCUAGCAGUCCUGAUGGAAAACGGAGACCUUGUUUUGUGGAAGUUCAUGCUGCCGUUCGCAAAAGGAGACGAUGUAGUUUUCUAUGACCUGAUUGAAUCUGGGGUUAGCAGGCCCAGUGACCUGGCAUGGUGGGAGUAUGAGAACGGGGGUCAACGGAUGGGGGGCUUAAUCGUCGGCAGCGAGGCUGGACCCAUCAAAAUUAUGCCUGUCAGCCUGUCGAAGGUCAAGGGCUACUUCACGAUCCGGCACCCCAUCAUCCUGUGGAAGGAAUGUGAUGAGAUCCCAGUGGAGAACCUCAGGUGCUUCCCGCUGUUCCACCGGAUCCAAAAAAGCAGCUGCAGCCUCAUCGUCGCCUCACGGGGAUGCUACCUCUUUUGGUGUCUGCUGACUAUAUCAGCGAAAGGACUAAGUGUGCACAAUUCCCACAUUACGGGACUCCACUCGCUCCCUUUGGUCUCCUUAGUGGUCAUUCAGCACCCAGUUGAGGUCUACACGUGCUCCAUAGACGGCUGGAUAAAAAAACUGGUGCCGACAUUCACAGAGAACUCUUUGGUUUUCAAAGUGGAGGACUUGUUUCAACCAGAGGCCCUCACACAUAAAUGGAUACAUGGGAUGGCCGUGAGCCACAAUGGGGCGUAUGUCGCUCUGGUCACAACGCAGGGGAUUGUCGAUGGCUUUCAUCCCGUUACCAGGAAUCACCAGGUCCACUUCCUGGCUCUCAAAUCUCCUGAAACGGCCAUAUCGCUCCUGCUAAAAUCCCCCGAGCAGAAUUUGUACAAUUUGGCGGACUUGCUGGACCUGGUGAGAUGGCAGGUUUUCAAAACCAAGCGCAUCCCCGCGUGGCUCCAGGACGAGCUCGACCGUAAAAUCCAGGAAGCCGACUCCCCAUUCUGGUGGCGCAUCAAGCUCUUUGUGGCGCGAGUUGUUCGCCUGUCGCUGCAGCCCCCCCGCACAGAAAUCAAUUGGAAACCCAAGCGAACAGAGACCAAAGUGUUUUUACAGGAUGAGGAGAUGGACGAGGCGGAUGUUGGAAUGGAUAACGAUGCGGCCCAGUGGACGGAAGGGGAAUCUGAUUUGGAGAAGCAAGAGGCCCGCAGGACUGAAGCGCAGAAGCUGAUCGAUGCUGCAGAGACGCAUCUGAUGAGGGAAAAUAUGAAGAAGGUGUUGGGGGUGGUCUACCUCAAUACUUGGAUGCCAGAGAACUUCUGUAUCCCCACAUGUGGCCUGAUGGAUUAUCUUUCCAGAGAUCCUGGAGACAAAGAUUCAGAGGUUCUGAUCGGUCACAUAAGGAAGAAGCUGAACAAGCAGACGUUCCCGGAGCACUGCAGCCUGUGUCAAGCCACGCUGCCCUUCACCGACUACAAACAAGCCGUCUGUGAAAACGGACACGCGUGGCUCAGGUGUGUGUUGUCAUACCAGGCCUGCCAGACGCUGACGUUCAGACGGUGCCUCCUGCAGGAUUGCAUUGCCAGACUGCCAGAGCCUGAGGAUCCAGACUGGAUAAAGAAGCUGAUGAAGGCGCCCUGCGUGCUCUGCGAUUCACCGAUGAUCUAAGGACCAAACUACUGAGAAGCCUGCAACUGUCGCUGCAGCUCUCACAGCUCCACAAUCCUGAUUCAGAAUCCAGUUUACUCAAAUUUACCGCUGCUGAGUAUAUAUUUUUGAUAUAGUAUUUAUUUUAUUAGGUAAUAUUGUUAUAAUAAAAGGAGUAAAUAAAAAGUCUUUAUUACU